AUGCAAAAAUAUUUAUUGCUGACUUUGUUUGCAUUUGUGCCAAUCUGUUUGGCUCAAUUCGGAGGUGGAGGAGGGGGAAUGGGACGAGGAGCGUGGGGACAGAAAAUGUUUGAAGGAAUGAUUGCUGAACUCCCGCCCGACGUUCAACAGAAAGCUCGCGCCAUUCAUGAUAAUCAGUCCCUCCGACCCGGACAACGACGACAACAAUUGAUGAAACUCUGGGACACAUUACCCAUUGAACAGCGUCCGAUGCCCCCAUUCAUGCGUCGCUUAUCACCCACUCUUCAGGAACAAGUCCGAGGCAUUUGGGGGAAUACGAAUGUUCCUUGGCGUCAACGCCAGCGUCAAUUCCAACAAUUCUGGCGAGCGCUCCCCGCCGAUCAACGCCCAAUGCCACCAUUCUUGAAAAGACUCCCUGAACCAUACAAGAGUCAAUGGCUAGCGCUUAGAGGUCAACGCGGCCCGGGGAGAUUUGCGCAAAUUCAGCAAUUGAUUCAAACGAUGCCUCAAGAUGUCCGCUCACAAUUGCCUUUUGUGAAAUUCGGUGGAACUUUACCGGCAACGAGAAGGGCCCAGAAACCACUGCCACACUUCCUCGAAACCCUUCCCGAACCAUAUAAGAGUCAAUGGAUGGCCAUCCGAGCUAAACCAACGGCUACAAGAUCUGAGAAAAUUCAGGAACUAAUGCAAUCGUUGCCGCAAGAUCUUCGCUCGAAAUUACCUUUCCAGAAAUUUGGUGGAAGUGAGGGAGGAAGAGCCGGCGCACCACAGAAGCCACCUCCACACUUCCUUGAAACACUCCCAGAACCGUACAAGAGUCAAUGGAUGGCCAUCCGGGCUCAACCAUCUGCCACAAGAUCUGCACAAAUUCAGCAACUAAUGCAAUCGAUGCCGCAAGAUCUUCGCUCAAAAUUACCUCUCCCGAAAUUUGGUGGAAGUGAGGGAGGAAGAGCCGGCGCACCCCAGAAACCACCUCCACACUUCCUUGAAACACUCCCAGAACCGUACAAGAGUCAAUGGAUGGCCAUCCGGGCUCAACCACCUGCCACAAGAGUUGCGCAAAUUCAGCAACUAAUGCAAUCGAUGCCAGAAGAUCUCCGCGCUCGAUUGCCUUUUCCAAAACUCGGCGGAAGAAUGGCUGGUGGUAGAAAGGGUCGAAGAUUCGGUGGCCAGCAACAACCAGGACAACCGCAGUUUGGGCAAUCCGCCGACCAACUAGCCCAGCCAGUCACCGGGCAACAAAUGAUGAUGCAGGGA